AUGAAUAACAACGAUGCCAACGUAAAAAAUGGUCCUUUACCAAAUGUUCCAUCAAAAAGAGGACCUUCGAGUAAAGAAAACCCCGAAGAAAAAAAAGAUCUCUCACAAACAAAAAAAAUAAAAGUUAAUGGCGAGAAAAACGAUAACCAAGUAAAAUUUGUAACAGAAUUUGUCAAGAAAGAAGAUAUAAAGACUCCAGAGGUUCGUCACGAAGUAGCCUACGGAAAACUUCCUUAUGAUCUUUCACGUCCCGUCGCGAGAAUAGGUGAACCUGCUAGGACUUACCCAUUUACUUUGGAUCCUUUUCAAGACAAAGCUAUCGCUUGCAUUGAAAGAGGUGAAUCAGUUUUGGUUAGUGCCCACACCUCAGCUGGUAAAACAGUCAUUGCAGAAUAUGCAAUUGCUCAGAGUUUAAAAAACAAACAAAGAGUCAUUUACACAAGUCCAAUUAAGGCUUUAAGUAACCAAAAAUAUCGUGAAUUACAACAUGAUUUUAAAGAUGUAGGAUUAAUGACAGGUGACGUGACUCUUAAUCCGAGCUCUAGCUGCUUAGUAAUGACUACAGAG